AGCAGUAGCUUCCAGCAGAACUGGGGGGCUCUUUUAGAGAAAUGCUAAUCGCGGGGCUAGACUGGUCGAGGAACCGGCGUUUUUCAGGCUCUAGAGUAUGCAGAGAGUAGACUUAGCUGGUUGGAAGUUGGCCCACACUUUACCCGAAAGGGCGCGCGGUAAAGGAGAACACGAAUUCGGAGGCAGGGCUAGGUAUCAGAUGCAUACUAUGUUCUGUACGUAUUUGGAGACCACUAAUGUGAAGUGUUUAUAUUUACCCCAUUGCACAAAAGGUGGUACGAACGACUUGCAUUUUCUUUGGUUAACAAGGACAUACCAAAAGGCAGAAUUGGCAUAUUUGGAAAAAUUACUAAGUAUCUUAAGCAUCACGUUUAAUAAGUAAUGAAAAUUAUCAGGACUUCUGAUAGAGAACUAAGAGGUUAAGGAUUGUUAACUUUUAAGAGGGUGACCCAGCCCAGCACGUUCUGUGGUGGUAGUGCUUGCUAUUGGUUAGCUGCCGCGGGAGGGGAAUAAUGCGUUUAUCGAGCUUGCCCACCAAUUCCAGCUAGGCAUCAACACGGCCACUAGGUGCGGGACCGGACAAAUGCACUAAGUCAUUCAAAAGAACAGAAAAGUUGCUUCCAGUUACAAACCAUUCCAUUUUAUCCGCUUGCCGGCUGUGAAAUAUAUCCUUUAGUUGCUUGAAAAGGCUAUUUAUAUUACCUAUGGGUAGCCUAGUCUAGACUCCUCUGAUUGGGUCAAGGCAAACUAACGAAACAGCCAAUGAAAAGAUAGACAUGCAAGUGUCAUUUACAUUCGUGUUUGUGACGCCACAAUGAAAUUAAUCCAAUCACGAGCGAAAUCUUACUAACCUAAUUUGAAUACCGUGUCUAUAAGUGAAUGUGGCCUCAGCAGCGGCGACUAUUUUUCCCAGGUCUUAGUGUUAGUGUUUUAACUUUUAACAAUGCCUGAACCCACCAAGUCCGCUCCGGCCCCGAAGAAAGGCUCCAAGAAGGCGGUGACCAAGGCCCAGAAGAAGGACGGCAAGAAGCGCAAGCGCAGCCGCAAGGAGAGUUACUCUGUGUACGUGUACAAGGUGCUGAAGCAGGUCCACCCAGACACUGGCAUCUCUUCCAAGGCCAUGGGCAUCAUGAACUCGUUCGUCAACGACAUCUUCGAGCGCAUCGCGGGCGAGGCGUCGCGCCUGGCGCAUUACAACAAGCGUUCGACCAUCACCUCCAGGGAGAUCCAGACGGCCGUGCGCCUGCUGCUGCCCGGGGAGCUGGCCAAGCACGCCGUGUCCGAGGGCACCAAGGCUGUCACCAAGUACACCAGCUCCAAGUAAACUUGCCAAGGGAGUGAUAUAAGUGCAGAGAAGAA